AUGGACACCGUCUUAAGCAGCAGCAGCAGCAGCAGCUUAAAUAUUAAGCAAAAAGUUUUGUAUAUUAUUUACCCCACUUUUGAGCAUUGGCUUUUUAUUUCAGCGUAUAUCGUUUUCCCUCUCUUUCAACUCCCAAACCCAAACCCAAACCUUCUGUAUCUCUCUUCUCUCCUCUUCCUUUUCACUUUUCUCUGAGUAUUCACUCCAUACAUUUGAACAUUUUCGGGAGCCACCAACAAUGUCGACCUUCGGGGCCGCUUCGGCUGGGAAUACCAAUCCCAAUCCUAAUAAUUCCUUCGAGGUUGCUCAACCUCCUAGUGAUUCUAUUUCAAGCCUUUGUUUCAGUCCCAAGGCUAAUCACUUGGUCGCCACUUCAUGGGACAAUCAGGUGAGAUGUUGGGAGAUAAUGCGGAGCGGAAAUGCUCUUGCCAGUACACCCAAGGCUUCAAUAUCUCAUGACCAGCCGGUUUUGUGCGCGGCUUGGAAGGAUGACGGGACAACUGUCUUUUCUGGUGGCUGUGACAAGCAAGUGAAGAUGUGGCCUUUAUUGGCUGGUGGUCAAGCUGUUACUGUGGCUAUGCAUGAUGCACCCGUUAAAGAGGUUGCUUGGAUUCCGGAGAUGAACCUUUUGGUAUCAGGAAGCUGGGAUAAGACCCUGAAGUAUUGGGAUACUAGACAACCAAAUCCAGUCCAUACACAGCAACUCCCAGAUCGCUGUUAUGCACUAACAGUAAGGCAUCCGCUGAUGGUUGUUGGCACUGCAGACAGGAAUCUAAUAGUCUUCAACUUGCAAAACCCACAGGCUGAGUUCAAGAGAAUCACUUCACCAUUGAAAUAUCAGACAAGAUGUGUUGCUGCCUUUCCUGAUCAGCAGGGUUUCUUGGUUGGCUCAAUAGAGGGAAGGGUCGGUGUGCAUCACCUAGAUGAUUCACAGCAAAGCAAAAACUUCACUUUCAAAUGCCACAGAGAUGGCAGUGAUAUAUAUUCAGUCAAUUCUUUGAACUUCCAUCCAGUGCAUCACACAUUUGCAACAGCAGGCUCUGAUGGUGCCUUUAAUUUCUGGGAUAAAGAUAGUAAACAGAGACUUAAGGCAAUGGCAAGAUGCCAACAACCAAUACCUUGCAGUGCUUUUAACAAUGAUGGUUCACUAUAUGCGUACGCGGUCUGCUAUGACUGGAGCAAAGGGGCAGAAAAUCACAAUCCAGCAACAGCAAAGACAUCCAUAUACGUGCACAUGCCUCAGGAUCCCGAGGUUAAGGGCAAGCCUCGAGUUGGAGCAAGUGGAAGAAAGUGAAAUUGGUUAUGCGCUUGCAUUUUUCGUUGUAGUCGUAUGUCUUAAAGUAAAUCUUUUUUGUUUUUGGUAGUUUGUAUAUGAAUUGGAUUCUUAGGUGAGUGUGGACUUGUUUUCCUGUAGUUGGAUAGAAAUUUUAGUUAAGUGGGGAAAUUUUUGUAUCCAUUCAAGUCGACAGAUGUUUUGGUUUUGGAUUUCAUUUUUAAACCUUGAGGUUUAUUUGGUUAAUGUUGAGUUUUGACAUGAA